ACCGCUUAGCUUGCCCGCGACGCUUUCUCAGAACCAAUCUGUGUCAGUUUCGAGAGACGCACAUAUACACAUAACACUCUGUAUACUGUUCACAACGUAUAAAAAUUACAAUUAUUGUACUAUAAAUAAAAUUACAGUCUUUAAUUUGCUAUCUAGCGUGCUGUUCUAUACAACGACAAAUUUGAAAGGUGUCUAAUUGCUUUUUACAGUGAACCAAAAAUAUUUUCCGAGUGCGUCCGCAGAACGUCCAGGACACCGCCGGGAGUUUAAAAUUUUGUAAACAUACUUGGGAUUUCUGAUUUUGCUGUGGAAUUUUUUUUGUUUAACCAAUCUCUGUAAGGAUAGCUCUCGGCUUGGUUUUUUAAUUUUUCUUAAAACACCGGAUUAAUAGUUCUGGAAUGCGUGCUUAAUUUUGUUUGGUGGUUAGUGAUUUUGCUGGAGCCGGUACCUACUACAAAAAUCGUUUCGUCUGGAUUUCUUAUAUCGCUACCGAAGAAGUUAUCUGAAGACACCGGACUUGCAAUAUGCGCUAGAACCGACAAUCGCUUCGCUUUGCCUACCCGCUUCUCUGCAAAUUAUUACUCCGUUCAGAAGCUUUUCUGUACCCGCCGACCUGUCAGUAACAACGUCAACACAGAAAAACACAGAACAAAAGAGUACAAGAACGCAGUGACCCAAGUUUAUUUUUUAUAUCAUUUUCUAACAGUUUUAAGCAACGUACGUUACUCGUUGUGUCGUUCUUAAAACAAUUUUUCGAAAGGAUGGACAAUAAUUCCACUUGACUUCAUUUUGUGAACCACAAGCAUAUUUGGAGUGAAUCGUUGCGCUUCGUCCAGUGUUUUUCGCGUCCAAUUUGUAGGAAUUAUUGACAAAACGCCUUCGCGCAAUGGCAAUGGUUAACAUGAAUAAUUUACUUAAUGGCAAGGACUCCCGCUGGCUUCAACUCGAAGUCUGCAGAGAAUUUCAAAGAAACAAAUGCUCUAGACCGGACACUGAAUGUAAAUUUGCACAUCCACCAGCCAAUGUCGAAGUCCAAAACGGCCGCGUGACGGCGUGCUACGACAGUAUUAAGCAUUUCCUGGUUCAAAUUGCGAUUCAUUCAUCUGGAGGAACUCAUCUGUACGAGAUGGAAUUCUGCAGAAAAUUUCCCGAAGGGGUGGCUUGUGGGCGACUCAGGUUAUCCACAAGAACCAUGGCUAAUGAUAUCAUUUUAUCAAAACCAAAGUGGCAGACUUUUUUGUGUGCCGUUUUUUUCUCUGGACUUGGAGGGCUGAAGUCUCCGCAGUGGUGGCGAUACACGAGGUGGUGUCGAAGCACGACUUGUCGAAGGCAGGGAAAGGAAUGGAAGAGCAGCACCAGAUGAAGCAGUUUUGGCUGCAAAUUCAUCUGUUGUAGGAAUUGGAUCGUGGAAGUGUGUAAUGCGGAUAAAUUUGGCUCAUUAAAUAUAUUGUAAAUUGUGGAAAAAUAUAUUUGUAAUAAUAAGUAAAAAAUGUAUUAAUAAAUAUUGCUA